CUCGAGUUGUGAACGAAAUAAAAGCGAGCAAGAAUCAGAGGAAGAGAGAGAGAGAGAGCGAGCGACAGAGGGAGAGGGAGAAAGAGAUGGGAGUGACAAAGGAGCAAGUGAAGUCUUCACUGACGUCAAAACUGAACCCUGCACAUCUCGAAGUAAUUGAUACAUCUGGAGGAUGUGGUGCUAGCUUUGCUAUUGAGAUAGUAUCAGCGCAAUUUGAAGGAAAGAGGUUGCUGGAGAGGCAUCGGCUGGUAAAUUCUUCUUUGGAAGAGGAGAUGAAGGAGAUUCAUGCGCUCUCGAUAAAGAAAGCUCUGACACCAGAGCAGUGGAAACAACAGCUGGAGUCUCAAGUAUCUAAACCUGCUGAAUGAACACAAUUUCGAAAGGUUUCAAGUUUAUUCUGUAGCUCAUAACAAUAUAUUUCGAGUUUGCUGGAGAAUUAGACGAAAUGUUUAAGUGUGAGAAUAUGGUGAUAAUAUUAUGAUAAUUAUUGUAACAGUUUGUAUACUA